UGAAAUUAUAUCUUGAUCUUAAGAGUUACAUUCGAAAUCCUGAGAUAUUCGAGAAAAUGGAACGGAUUACACGAUGACGGCAUUCAAAGAAAUUUCUGUUAUUUUUUAUGUCGAUAUAUGUGACGAUACAAUACAAAACUGCUACAUCAGCAAUUUAAAAUAAGAAGGCAGAUACUUGUACUGUUCGAUAUUGGAGCUUCUGCCAAAAGAGGGAGCUGGAAUCGUCCCCUGAAUCGGUUUGCCGCAUCUGGAAAUAUAAAGUUAAAGGAUCAAGUGCUUUCUAGUCAGUCGGUGAUAGUGUGAGGUUGUAGCAAUAUAUAUUAUGUCUGUGCCAAUAUGAGGAAAUACCACGUAAUGCUUUAUUUAUAUCAUCGAGUAGCUACAGAUUCUUGCUGGCUGGAAGGGUGAAGUUAUCGAUUUGUCUAAUGGAAUCGUUUAUCUCCAGAAUAGAAGUAAUUCCCAUAAAAUAAGCAUAAAAUAACGUAUCGGUAUGCAGAAUACCACUUUGGAAAUUUAUGAAAAUCUAACUGUUCUCUGGACUAACUACAGCGAUGAUGACAUUAACCGGACGGAAUAUCUGCAUAUAUUAAUUUAUAAGAAUAAUUCGUGGUAUGUGAACGUCACAGAAAACAUUCCUCCCAGAGAUUUCAAAGUGCUUAAUUUAGUUUUAGGUAUUGUUUUAACUAUGUUCUGUGUAGCCACCGUCUUUGGUAAUAUUUUAGUUAUGGUGGCAGUGGCCAAAGAGCAAUAUCUUCAUUCGGUUACUAACUAUUUUAUCGCUUCAUUAGCUACUGCUGAUUGUCUAGUGGGUGCCAUAGUGAUGCCAUUUUCUGUGAUCCUACAAGUUAGAGAAAACUCGUGGCCGUUUGGUAGAGACUUGUGUGACGUUUGGCAUUCUUUUGAUGUUCUUGGGAGCACCGCCUCAAUAUUGAAUUUGUGUGUGAUAUCUUUAGACAGAUACUGGGCAAUAACGGAUCCUAUUUCUUAUCCUAGAAGGAUGACCACGACUAAAGCAUGUGUUUUAAUUGCUUUAGUAUGGAUUUGUUCGGCUUUGAUAUCAUUCCCUGCAAUUGCAUGGUGGAGGGAAGUUACUAUACUACCUGAAAUUCCAAAUCAAUGCGAAUUCACCGAAGACAUUGGAUAUUUAGUAUUUUCUUCGACCAUUUCCUUCUAUGGGCCUUUGACAGUUAUGCUGUUCACUUACUACAGGAUAUACAGAGCAGCGGCUGCACAAACUCGCUGUCUUAAACUCGGAAAAAAACAGAUACAAUCUGUUAACGGAGAACACUGUACUUUUUUAACUCUUAGGAUACAUAGGGGAGGAAUGUUGCAACCAUCACACUAUAAGAGUUCUUAUGCGGAUGAAGGAGACUAUUCGGAAGACGGAGACGAAAGAGGUUCGUUGAGAGGUGUUCCUCGACACCUAAAGAACUUUUCUGUUAGUAGAAAAUUAGCAAAGUUGGCAAAAGAAAGGAAAGCGGCUAAAACUUUAGCUAUUGUUAUGGGUGUCUUUAUCUUAUGUUGGCUUCCUUUUUUUGUAAUUAACGUACUAAUGGGAAUUUGUCGGGAGAGGUGUCAAAUUGAUGCCACGUUAAUGUCAACCGUCACGUGGUUAGGUUGGAUCAAUUCGGGAAUGAAUCCCGUCAUUUACGCGUGUUGGAGCAGAGACUUUCGUAGAGCAUUUGGAAAACUACUCUGCCCUCAAUCUCUGAGGAAGAGACAAAGAUACAGAGCGGAAUUUUGCAAAACUAUUCGUGAAGAUGUCAGCAUGUCAGGAUUUAAAUCACCUGCAACCGAAGAAGUUACUUUAUGAUUUUAUUUAUUUUUUUCAAAGCAUUUCCUCUCUCCUUUAAAAUGCACAAUUAUCAGAAUUACAAUUGCACUAGAAUAUUCUGCUGACAAUACUUUAAUGAAGUACAUUUGGCAGACUAUCAAAAGAAAACACUAAUCAACCUCGAAUUUUUACAAUUAUUUUUCCUAUGAAUAAAUAUUUUAAACCUAAACACGUUGGACCAAUUGUUGAAAUGGAAAUUAUCUACAAAAUUCAUAGUUUUAAUUAUAGAUCUGUGAGUACUCUACAACUUAAAUCCUAUUAUUCAAUCAA